AUGUUCAAACUUUCUCACGUGAGUUUCGCUCGAAAGAAACAACUUUCUUUUUCUUCCAUUAGACCAACAGAAACAGAUCUUUGAGAACAACUGUCUUUUCAAUCAUUUCAUUCCUAUUUUCACCUGUAGAGAGCUGCCUCCUUCAACAUCAACAACGAUGUCCACUGUGGUUUUCAUAAAAUUAUGUUUUCAAUCACGGCCGAUCUGUUUUUAUGUCACUUUCUCUUAAACUCUCUCUUUUAGAUGAGUUUCGGCAUCUUAGCUAGCUACGAAAUAUUUUCGAGUAGCUCUGUGCUAGGCCUCGUGUUAUUACACGUCAUUUUACCCCUAACCACUCUCCCACUCUUGGUCGUUUUUCCAAUUUCUUUUAACGAUCUGUGGUGUUCUUGUCUUGCUAUUACACUGUGCAAACCUCUCGCCGAGAAUUGAUCGGUCUCAGAGGUCACUCAUUUCAUUGUUUCUCUUUUCAGAAAAUGACUUCUCGACUUACCACCAGUUUUCUGUUAUGGAUGUGUCUUAUUCUCUCUGUCGUCUUUCUUGAAACGUCAGGUAAGAAAAUGAAAGUGGUUAUCAAAUAACAAGAAGCUCCUCUAGCCGCUCGCGAAAAAGUGUUGCUGAAAGAUGUAAGCGCAAUUACUCUUCAUAAAGGAAAAAUGACCACUGGACGGCGCGUGAGUCCUACAAUGCAAUUGAAAUGCAUCGGUGGUUCUGCAAAAGGAAAGUACACUCCAAAGGUGAGUAUAAAGCUAAUUGUUCACAACAAACUAAACUUCAGGUUGUUCAAUGCACAAACACUGGAUUCGACGGAACCGAUGUUCAAUGGAAGUGCGACGCCGACUUGCCGUCUGACGUCGAGUUCGGAUCACUGAGUGUUUCGUGUGAAGGAUACGAAUACGCGGAAGAUCCAUAUAUUCUCAAAGGAUCUUGCGGGCUCGAGUAUGAGCUGGAAUACACUUCUGGAAGCGGCAAUCACUCCGUUUCGAGUAGAAAGACUGGAGAUGGAUGGGAUCAGUUCGCCACUUUUGUCGUUAUUGCCUUCAUUGUCUACAUCAUCUACGUCAUGUGGUCGAACAGGAAUCAAGAUUCGGAAGCUUCCGGUUACCAAAGAGGAGGUACCGGUGGUCCGGGCGGUCCAGGAUCCGGAGGAGGAGGCCCAGGAGGAUACCCGAGUGCUCCGCCACCUUACGACGAUAGCUACGGAAAGCCGCCGCCGUAUGGGUUUCGUGGUGACUCGCAAUCAGGAGGAGGAUGGUGAGGAAAAAGGAGAAAGAUUCUCAAAAAUGGUAAGUCAGUUUUCUAGCUCGGGUGGAUCCAGUGGAGCCAGCGGAAGCAGUGGAAACGGCAGUGGAAAUUCCUUUUGGACCGGAGCAAGUCUAGGUGCUAUCGGAGGAUAUCUCGCCAAUAGCUGGCUCAAUAACAACAACAAUGCUUACGGAUACCCCCGAAACCGGUACUUCGGCAACACAGGUUCUUCCUGGGGGUCCAGCUCGGACUCUUGGGGCUCAUCUUCCUGGUCAUCACCAUCGACGUCUACUCGCUCAUCUUCCGGAUACGGUGGAACCACACGACGAUGA